UGUAAGAUGAAUUCCACGGUGUCGUCAGUUCCGUAAAGUGUUCCUCCUGGCUUCAGUAAAAAAAGAAGAUAGAGGAUUAUUUACUAAGAGUCAGAAGUUCAUUCAUAAAUUAGAGCAUUGCAUUGUUUCCAGCGGGGCGGUUUUCUCCAGAGUCUCCACUCUCUAAGCCGCGCAUGAACUGGGAUGCACUGACGUUAGCCUGUUAUUAGCUUUACUCGCUAGCUUACCCGAGCAGCUCUGUUUUUACGACGGGACCAAGCACACCUUCUAGUGCAUUAUGACAGACAGCAUUAUGAGUAAAGCUGCCACAAUGGAGAUUCCAAUCAACAGUAAUGGUGACACAGGGACACUAGCAGAAGAUGACAGCCUUGAACAGGCUGCAAAACUGCAGUGGAGCUUAGAUGAGAAGGUAGGGAGCUCCAGAGGCACCAGGGACCUACAGCAGGUGAUGGUAUCGGGUCCCAAUCUCAACGAGACUAGCAUUGUAUCUGGGGGUUAUGGAGGAACAGCGGAGGGUAUCAUCUCCACCAGCUCAAUCAAAGGUUCAAACAUGCACCACAGCACCAGCAGCUCGUCAAUGACUGCAGAGGAAGUGACCCGCGGUGUGGCUGUGGAAAAACUAGAAACCAUGAAGAAGUGGGGUUUCAACACUUACAAGUGUACAAAGCAAAUGAUCUCAGAGCGUUUUGGUCGGGGUUCCCGGACUGUGGACCUGGAGCUGGAGGCCCAGAUUGAGGUGCUGAGAGACACUAAAAAGAAAUAUGAGUGUGUGCUGCGAUUGGCCAGAGCGCUGACCAACCACUUCUACAACAUGGUGCAGACGCAGCAUGCGCUGGGCGACACCUUUGCUGACCUCAGUCAGAAAUCUCCAGAGCUACGGGAUGAGUUUGGCUACAAUGCAGAGACUCAGAAGUUGCUGUGUAAGAACGGGGAGACUCUACUAGGUGCCAUUAACUUCUUUGUGUCCAGCAUCAACACACUGGUCAAGAAGACCAUGGAGGACACCCUAAUGACAAUCAAGAUGUAUGAAAAUGCCAGACUGGAGUUUGAUGCCUACCGGUCAGACCUGGAAGAACUGAGUCUGGGUCCGAGAGACGCUGUAGCCAUGGCCCGCAUAGAUGCUGCUCAGCAACAGUACCAAGUCCAGAAGGACAAGUAUGAACGCCUUCGCUCGGACGUCAUCAUUAAACUCAAGUUCCUGGAGGAGAAUAAGGUGAAGGUGAUGCAUAAGCAGCUCCUCCUCUUCCAUAAUGCCAUCUCAGCAUACUUUGCUGGCAACCAGCAGCAGCUGGAGCAGACGCUGAAGCAGUUCAACAUUAAGUUGAAGCCUCCAGGGGCUGACAAGCCCUCCUGGUUAGAGGAGCAGUGAGAGGGUCUGCUGGACCUCCUGCAGCCUCCCCCUCGACCAUCCCCGCCUGUUACCAGUUGAAACCCCCAACUUACAGAGGACCACAACAGAGGGAAACGCAUACAAAUAAUUGGGUGGAUGAAGAUAUGAGAUGAGCGUGUGGCUGGAUGAUUGGACAGAUGGAUUGCAGGGUAUUAUUGAUGAGUUGGCUAAUUGCAGCAGGAAACUAAGUGGCCAGUUUCGUGAACAGUCAGGGGGCUUUUAGUGCCUCUUCUCAACUUCCUUAUUUUCCAAUCUAACCUUUUAUUUGUGCUUUGUUCCCAGAGGACCUGUUCGUCUCUCCCUCCAUUCCCUCUCCCCUAUUUGUCUUAACCCCCUUAUAUCUCAACACUAUUUUGCUGUGUGAGCUUGUGUGAGUCAUGUUCAUGACCAUUAUUGUACUCCCCAAGUGCUCCCAGUGCUCUUGAGUUAAACUUGAACCCCACACCAUCUUAGUAACAGAGACCGAUGAUUAGAGGAAAAUGAUGAAACCGAUAAAACGCACUCCGAUGUAUCAAACACUACGUCAAAAGACCUUAUCAUUCUUCUUGUGUGCCUCCGUAUAUAUGAGCAAAUGUACUUAAUGAGCAUGUGGCCUGCAGGAAGUAAGAUGACUUCAAAGAUUUUAAACUACACAUGAAGGGGAUUUGUAUGUUACACUGAAAAGGAAUGUCCAGACAUUUCAAAUUAAUGUAUAUUUCAAAUUAAGUACUGUUUCACUUUUUAAAUAAAUAGUAUAUGAUAAUUUGUAGCUUAUAAAAAAACACAAUGCUGCGUUUAGUUUAGUUUAAUUUUUGCUGAGUUUGACUGUCAUCUCUUUAUUUUGUAAUUAUUUCAGUUGUAGUCAGCUUGUAUGUUAUAUGCUUCAGAAUGAAGGACCGUAUGAAGUUGGGCAGUGUGUGCUGGUGAUUUAGACUGCAGGUACUGAAGUACUUAAUCUGUAAUUAUCAGAAACGAUUCAUUUCAAUUGUAACCUGAAAGUUCAACUUGAAUAUGCAACGAUCAUUUAAGGAACACUGCCACAGCUUCCCAAAGUUAUACUGGUUGGGGUCUUUACUAAUUGUAUUUUUAUUUUUCCAAAGAGAAUUGAGAGAGACGUUUACUGGAUCCUUUCUAUGUUUUCAUUGGUUGUUUAAGCAAAAUUGAUUGGUUCAGUCUCUAUGUGGACUGAGGAGGCUUUGAGGGACAGUUGAACUUUGUUAGACGGUAUUUCAGCCAGUUAAGAUCCAACAAAUUUGGAAGGGAUUCACUCCAUUAUGUUAUUGUUUAACGGACUGUAUUUAAAAGGAAUUGAUUACAUUUUGUUUGAUUUCACAUUGAUACGUUGAAAUGUGUUUUUUGUCUUAUGUUUGUGUUUUAAAGUUAUCAAGGACAUUCCAUUGACAUCUAGGGUCAUAUAUUUCAGCCCCUUCGAAGCAGAAUAUAUUGGUCUAUGGUUACCUUUCUUCACACUGAAGAUUACUGUAGCUGUCUAACAUUACUAAUCCAGAAUCAUGUAAAUUGUAGUUGGGUAAUGUGAUAACACUAAUGAUUUCAUCAUUUGUUUCAUCUCCUUUAACCGAAACACUGUCUUAGUAUAAAGGUAGUAAACAAUCAGAGAAUGUAAUACCACAAAAUAUCGGCAUGGUACUACAUAUGUAAUGUUGAACUUUUAUGCACCACUGUAUUUAUUAUGUUCAUUGUAUGUGUUAAUCUGUAAGAAUCAACAUAUUUGUACCCUGAAACUUCUGGUUUGUGCAAAUUACUCAAUUUAUGAGUAUGUCGUUUAUAGCGUUUUGCAGAUGACCCAUGAAAACAGGCUAACCAAAUAUGUAAUUAAUAUACUUCAAAAAUAUUUCUAAACUAACUGAAGGAAAGUGGUUUAGGUUCCCAGUGUCCAACCUCUGUGAAGUCAAAUGAAGAUAAUCCGGUAUAAUGAAUGUUUUACCAUGCUGAAUUGAACUCCUGAUCAGUUAACGGGUCAGCCGUCCAGCUUCUUGUCUCCUCUGUAUUUGCAUGGCAGGCAGCGAUCCAAAGUACAGGUGCAGAUACAGUAGGUGUGAAUGCACUGAUGCUCUACUCUUGGCGUUCUGCGCUCCAGCUUGCAUGAAGUAGCAUAACACCAUGCUUACGGUUGUUGGUUUACAUUUUGAAACUGGCUGAAGCAGAAUUCAAAAUGUGGGUUUCCUUUUAAUGCUGCACUCUUGAGGAGAAUUGUGAAAGGAAGUGGAUUGGAUUUUUGGAUGGAAAGCAGGUAUCAAAAAUUGAUUCUAUGAUUUGUUUGACUUGUGUUUUCUGAAAUCGUAUGUGUCAGUGUGUCAAAUGGGUGUAUUUUAUUCUGGCUGAGAAAGACCUUGGCCACACUUGAGGCUAAAAUAGCAAUUUCACUGGCCAGCUAUUGGUCUGUUUGACCGUCAUACAGCAAUAUUAACUAAAUGUGACUCCUCUUUUCCAAACCUGCCCCUUUGUAAUUCCUAACCGCCUCACCAAAAUGAAUGGCAAUAGGAUUUCUUUUGUUCCAUAGUUGUGAAACCACCAGUAAAUUGAAAAGAAGUGUGACAAGCAUUUAAAGUCAGUCUUACUAACAGUCUUUAAGAUCUUUGCCGAGAGAGAACCAAGAUUUAUUAAAUAAGAUAUUUUAUUUGUGUACAAUCAAUAUUUUCUAGGCUGAGCUGGUGUAUUGUACUGUAUGAACGAUUGCACAUAAUGGUAUUUAAGAUGAUAAAUGAAGUUGUUUCAUGGAUUGAUGUGAUACUCUGCCUUCAUUCCUCACUCAGACCUGAAAAGUCCCACCCCACCCAAAGGGAACAAAAUUAAAAGUACACAUUUUCAAAUCC